CGGCCGCGUGCCCCGCCCCUCUCCUGAGAGCUACGCGGCUGUACAGCGGAGGCCUCGCGUGGUAACCGCCAUCUGGGUAGCCGCGGUGGCGUCCCGGUGCCCUCCUCGGGUGACUGGAGCCGCGAGUUCGGCGGAGGGAAGGUAUAAAAACUUCAAGAUCCAGGACUGGGCUUGGUGGCACAUGCCUUUAAUUCCAGCACUCAGGAGGCAGAAGCAGGUGGAUCUCUGUGAUUCGAGGCCAGCCUGGUCUACACAUGCUGAGAAUUGAAGACAAACAAUCUGCCAUUGAACUACGUACAGCCCCAGUUCCUCCUGGGGAACUUGCCUGCUUUGCUACUGGUUUUGAGAUAGGGUCUCUCUAUAGCCCAGGAUGGUCUCAGACGCGUAGGAGUCCUUCUUCCUCAUCCUCUUGAAUAUUGGGAUGUACUGAAGCUGCUGAAAGAUGGCAGAAGAAGUGGUGGUAGUAGCCAAGUUUGAUUAUGUGGCACAACAAGAGCAAGAGUUGGAUAUCAAGAAGAACGAGAGAUUAUGGCUUCUGGAUGAUUCAAAAUCCUGGUGGCGAGUUCGAAAUUCCAUGAAUAAAACAGGUUUUGUCCCUUCUAACUAUGUGGAAAGGAAAAAUAGUGCUCGGAAAGCAUCUAUUGUAAAAAACCUGAAGGAUACCUUAGGAAUUGGAAAAGUGAAAAGGAAACCUAGUGUUCCAGAUACAGCAUCUCCUGCUGAUGAUAGCUUUGUUGACCCAGGGGAACGUCUCUAUGACCUCAACAUGCCUGCCUUCGUGAAAUUCAACUACAUGGCUGAAAGAGAGGAUGAAUUAUCAUUGAUAAAAGGGACCAAGGUGAUCGUCAUGGAGAAAUGCAGUGAUGGAUGGUGGCGUGGUAGCUACAAUGGACAAAUUGGAUGGUUUCCUUCAAACUACGUAACUGAAGAAGGGGACAGUCCUUUGGGUGACCAUGUGGGUUCUCUGUCAGAGAAAUUAGCAGCAGUUGUCAAUAACCUAAAUACAGGUCAAGUAUUACAUGUGGUACAGGCUCUUUACCCGUUCAACUCAUCCAAUGAUGAAGAACUGAAUUUUGAAAAAGGUGAUGUAAUGGAUGUUAUUGAAAAGCCGGAAAAUGACCCAGAGUGGUGGAAAUGCAGAAAAAUCAAUGGGAUGGUUGGCCUGGUGCCAAAAAACUAUGUUACCAUUAUGCAGAAUCAUGCAUUAACCUCAGGUUUGGAACCAUCACCUCCACAGUGUGAUUACAUUAGGCCUUCAGUCACUGGAAAGUUUGCUGGCAAUCCUUGGUAUUAUGGCAAAGUCACCAGACACCAAGCAGAAAUGGCAUUAAAUGAAAGAGGGCAUGAAGGGGAUUUCCUAAUUCGGGAUAGUGAAUCUUCGCCAAAUGAUUUCUCAGUAUCCUUAAAAGCACAAGGGAAAAACAAGCAUUUUAAAGUCCAACUAAAAGAGACUGUUUACUGCAUUGGGCAACGAAAAUUCAGCACCAUGGAAGAACUUGUAGAACAUUACAAAAAGGCACCAAUUUUUACAAGUGAACAAGGAGAAAAGUUGUAUCUUGUCAAGCAUUUGUCUUGAUACUGCUGAGCAGCAAUUACUGCUAUACAGCUUUAAUUGUCAUGUCAUUGAAGACUGAGAAAAUGUUGGUCUGGUCAUGCUCGAUUGGAAAUUGCUGUUUCUAAUGCUGUAUGAGAAUUGACUAGAUAAUACAUAAGUAUUUUUGUUAUAACUCAACCCAUACAUAUAUACUAUGUACGCAAUGUAUCUGCAUAGAAAAAUUCUUGACUCUCUUCCUUCUACCUUACUGUUUCUUCUUUGCUGUUUUUCUUUUUGCUUCUAAUAAUUAAGGUUUUUUAUUUUGAAAAAAAAAUGUCAAUCAAAAAUCUUUAUAUGGAAGAAUUCCUUUAUUACCUUUCCUUUGUUUUCUCACAAAGGCAUCCUAUUAGUUUUACCAUAGUUUCUCUUCAUAUAAAAAUACCUAUAUGUGGCAUAUGCUAAAUACAUUUCUUGUAAAGGUUAAUCUUUUCUGUGACUAAAUAGCAAUAAUAAACAGAAAAUUAGAAAUUA